GUUUUCCAAGCAUAUCGUAAUCGUAAUCUCAAUCUCAAAUUUUGGAGUAAACGAAAUAGGACCGAUCCAAUCAUUAACACCAAACCAAUUCCCCAAUCCAAACACGACUCUCCACCCCAAGCAAAAGUCUUUCUCAAUUUAAUUUCUCCAGACCUAAACCCUAACCACAGAAGAAAGGAAAUCAGUAUUUGUUAAUCUUGGUUUGUUGUGUUUUGAGCUUUCUGAAAUUUGCUUGGAUGGAGGUUCCAGCCUCCAUCAAGACCAACUUCUCUGUGUAUACAAGUUUAUGAAACCCUAAUAUUGGAGGAAAAGGCUUCCCAGAAAAAGGAACUGCAUAGAGAAUAUAGGGGAAGAUGUUUUCGUGGAGCAUACCGAAAUCCGCUGAGGCGAUGUUCUCGCGGUGGGCUAUAAAACGUGUUUGUAAAUUUUUGUUGAAGAAGAAAUUGGGGAAGCUUAUACUGGGAGAUAUUGAUCUUCAUCAGCUCGAUGUUCAGCUCGGUGCUGGCACAAUUCAGCUCUCAGAUCUUGCAUUAAAUGUUGAUUAUAUAAACGAGAAGAUUGGGACAGCAGUUUUAGUGAAAGAGGGGUCAAUUGGAUCAUUAUUGGUAACAAUGCCUUGGAAAGAAGGAGGUUCUGGAAUUGAGGUGGAUGAACUUGAGGUUGUUAUUGCUCCUCGCCGGGUGAAGGCUUCUCCAGAUGAAUCUGAAACUUGCAGAAAUAGUAAAAAUUGCAGCAAUAGUUCCAGCCAUGGUAUUAAAAAGCUAGACAAUGAGACACUGGACAGUAGGGUGGCAAAUGCAUCUGUUGAUGUUCAUGAAGGAGUUAAAACCAUUGCUAAAAUGGUGAAGUGGUUGCUAACUAGCUUUCAUGUGAAAAUUAAGAAACUAAUUGUAGCAUUUGAUCCACUUCUGGAUGAAGGAAAUAAGAAAGGCUUAGACAGAAUCUUGGUGCUUCGGAUUAGUGAAGUAGAAUGCGGAACACAUAUUUCUGAAGAUGAUUCAUCGAACAGUUUCACCACAGCUAAUAAUUUUCUUGGUUUAAGUCGAUUAACAAACUUUGUGAAAUUUCAGGGAGCAGUACUUGAAUUACUUGAUGUGGAUGGUCUUGAUCAUCAGUCUCCACAUGAAUGUUCAACUGAGACGGCUGCUGGCAACUCGUUUUCAGGGUACUGUUCAUCGGGUAACAUGGUUACAGUCAUAUGUGGAGAAAAGGGAGGUUUCUCAGGGAAUCUUAAGUUAAGUUUGCCUUGGAAAGAUGGUUCAUUAGACAUUUGUAAAGUGGAUGCAGAUCUUCAUAUUGAGCCUCUUGAAAUAAGGAUUCAACCUAGCACCAUCGGAUACUCCAUCUUCAUGUGGGACCUAUUUAAAGGAAUUGGUGAGGAGAGCGAGGACCUGGGAUAUCUUGAACCAUCAAACAGUUUGUCAGCUCCAAGCUCUUGCAUGCUUCCUUCUGAUAUGGGGCUAUUUGUUAAUGAAGCGUUCGUCACUGAUAGCUGCUUGAUAGAGAAAGAACCAGUAAAUACCCUGCUAUCAGAGUCGCAUCUCAUAUCUGAUUGGGUGAGUAGAAGCCAGAAAUACAGAAAUGAAGAAGAACCAGACUUUGAGGCAAGUGUGGAUCAAUUUUUCGAGUGUUUGGAUGGACUAAGAAAUUCACAGUCAGCUAUAGGGAAUAGUGGCAUGUGGAACUGGACUUGUUCUGUGUUUAGCGCAAUAACUGCAGCAUCCAACCUUGCCUCUGGAUCUUUACAUGUUCCUUCUGAACAGCAGCAUGUUGAAACCAACUUCAAUGCAGGCAUAACAAAAGUAUCUGUGCUUCUAUCCUUCAUUGAUGAAGACCAGAACUCCCUGCAAAUGAAGGGUGCUAAGGGCAAUACUGAUUUGCAUAUUCAUCAUCUGUGUGCACAGUUUGUUGACUUAUUUUGUAUAUUGCAGGUUCGACCUCGAGAAAUGAAUAUCAAAUUGAUUAUGCAACAUAUCCAACUAGUUGAUCACUUGUAUUCCAAAAGUGACUUGGCGGAUUACAAGAUGCAUGGUUGUGAUGACAAUUCUGAAAGUGGGACCUUAAUUCAAAAAAUGCAAGAAGGUGUACAAGGUGCUCUUCUGACUUUCCAAGACUCCAAGAACGUUACUCAAAAAGACCACCAGGUUGAUCAUUUUGUUGGUAUUCCUCUGAGCAUCCAGGACAAUGAUGGAUGUUGUCAUAUGAUAAAUGGAAAAAAUAUCUGUGGUAAAGAUAACAGUGUUACUUUGCUAAAAACCUCAGGUGUCAGUAAAUGCCAUGUCAGGGUAAACUCUGGUUCUUCUGGUGGCUCGUUAAUGGGUCCAACAUCUUUUUCAUUAAAGCUACCACAUUUUGUUUGCUGGGUGAACUUUGAUCUAGUUUCCAGGACACUAGAAUUUCUGAAAGAGAUAGAAAAGUGUAUUGAAAUAACUCACAUGGAGAGUGGUUUUAGACUGGAGUCGGAAAUUAAAAAGUAUGGGUUUUCACCUAUGGGUGACCAAGGUAAUAUUUCACGUCCACAGUCAACAAAUGUGUCGACGAAAGAAGAUCUUGAGGGGAAUAUAUUCUUGUCAAAUGCUAGAAUAAUACUGUGUUUCCCUCUGAAGGAGCAUAAUGGUUUUAGCUGCUACUCUUCUUGCAGCCAGUUUAUUGCUUUGGACUUUAUUUCCUAAGCCGAUUCCUGUUGCUAAAUCUGAAAAGAGUCACACCAUGACCACAUCGUGCUCGUUGAAGUUUAACUUUGGUGAUUUUUAUCUCUUUCUCAUUAACUCAAUUUUUAAGGAGAAGAUUGAUGGAAGUGAAACCUACAACAGUCAGGAGGCAAGCUUUUCCAUUGAGAAAAUUAUUUCUGCUGUGAACAAAACUGGUCAUCAGUCUCUUGUUAGUUUGUUUUGGCAGGAGAGUCCUGUGACUGGUCCUUGGAUAGCGAAGAAAGCCAAGAUAUUGGCUUCUUCAGAAAAUGGAAGGAGGGAAGAUAAUAAGGUUGUGGGGAGAAGUGGUGAGUUUGCCUCAGUAACAACUGUUAAAGAAAGCAAAGAUUUUGGUGGUCGUACUCGACAAGAGAUUUUAGCGAGCUCCGCAAUUUUACUACAUGGACAAUUGCCUCCUGUUACAAUUGAUCUCAACAAAUCUCAGUUUGAGAACAUAUGUGGCCUCCUAAAUCAGAUGGUUGAGAAUUUCUCAUGCAUUAUUUCUGAAUCAGUCACAACUACAGAAGAACAUUCUGCACUGCAAACAUCGAUUCUUGUGGAAUGUGAUUCUGUCACAGUUUCCCUGGUGACGGAGGCAGUUGCGGGUGUCUCGUCCUCCAUACACUCAGAACUUCCUGGUUCUUGGCUUAGUCUAACUCUCCAAGUGGACAAGUUUGAGUUACUUUCUGCAUCAAAUAUUGGUGGAAUAAGUAGCAGCAAUUUCUUGUGGUUGGCCCAUGGUCAGGGCAGUCUAUGGGGCUCUACCACUGAAGGUCUACAUCGGGAGUUUCUUCUGAUAUCAUGUAUUGACUCUACAAUGGGUCGUGGUGAUGGAGAAGGUUCAAAUAUGUUAUCUUCGAGGUAUGCGGGAUCUGAUAUUAUAAACUUAUGGGAUCCAGAGAGCAAUCAUAGUUUUACUUCAAUUACAGUCAGAGGUGCCACUAUUGUUGCAAUGGGUGGUCGCUUGGAUUGGUUCAAUGCAAUAUUUUCCUUUUUCAUUCUACCAUCUCCUCAAUUUGAUCAAGUGGCUGAUGCUGGUCUGGAAAAGACUUGUGGGUCUUCUUUCAUUCUUAACCUGGUGGAUGUUGGCUUGAGUUAUGAGCCGUACCUUGAAAACUUGCCGGCUAAUGAAGGUUCAGGUUGCAAAUCUUCUUAUGUUAAUACCAACGGAUCUAAGGAUGAGCUCCAUGUUGCUUGUCUGUUGUCUGCUUCUUCCUUGAAACUUUCAAAUACAACUGUGGUUGAUUGCACAGAAGGGGAGUACAAAAUUAGACUGCAAGAUCUAGGUUUGCUUAUAUGCACAGUGUCUGAAUCUAAGUUAGUUGGUCGUACUUAUACUGCAGAACAUCUUCGCAAGAAUGAUUAUGUCAAAGUUGCACAUGAGACACAUGUUGAAGUGCUUUUGAGGACAAACUGUGAGAAUGGCCAUGCGUGGGAAUUAGAGUGCACAGAGUCACACAUUAUGUUAAAUACGUGCCAUGACACAACUCUUGGAUUAAUUAGAUUAGCUGCUCAACUCCAAAAGCUGUUUGCACCUGAUCUGCAAGACUAUGUUGUGCACUUGGAGAAUAGGUGGAACAAUGUGCAGCAGGUGCAUGAGAACAGUGACAAGAUGACAUUAGGUUGUGAAUUUUCUCCGGCACUUUCACAGACAGAGACUUCAUGUGUAGAUAAGAAAUCCAAGGUAGGCAAUUUGAUGGAUGAAAUAUGCGAAGAUGUUUUCCAGCUAGAUGGGAACUCUGAUGGCCAAGCUAAAAUUUUUGAAUCACAUGUUCAUGCCUUCAUCAAUGACAGUCCGGUUGUAGUUAGUGGGGCUUCGUCAUCAGAAGAAAAGACCCCUGAGUUUAUAGAAGAAUAUUUCUUGUCUGAUCUACGCCCCCUCUCAGAACUUGCUCUGAAAAGCCAGUCAUCUGACAUUCUUGUUUGCAAGACUGAUGUUGUUGGAGAGGCCCGAACAGGUCAUGGUGGUUGGUAUGCGGAUACCCCGUUAAGAAUAUUAGAAAAUCACGCUUCAAAAGUGCAGCAGAGCAAUGUGGAGAAACCUUUAGGGUUUGAGGUUUCUUUAAGUGUUCCUGAACACAUUGAUGAUGGGAAAGCUGAGGGUCAUAUCUUUCUUAGGAAUAUGAAUGUCAUUUGGAGAAUGUAUGGUGGUUCUGACUGGUGCAACCCUCGGAAUAUUUCUCAGGCUUCUGGAGUGACUUGUGCUAGGGAUGCAGCUGUCUGUUUAGAGCUUGCCUUGUCUGGAAUAGGGUUUAACUAUGAAGUGUACCCUGAUGGUGAAUUAACUGCAUCUAGGCUUUCUCUCACCAUUCAGGAUUUUUGCUUGAAUGACAAAAGUGAUGAUGCACCAUGGAAGCUGGUGCUUGGAUAUUAUCACUCAAAAAACCAUCCAAGAAAAGUCUCUUCAAAGGCAGUGAAGCUAAACUUGGAGGCUGUUAAACCAGACCCUUCAAUCCGUAUAGAGGAAAACCGGUUACGUAUUGCUUUACUUCCUUUGCGGUUGCAUCUUCAUCAGAGCCAACUUGAUUUUCUCAUCAGCUUUUUUGGAGGAAAAAGUUCAUCAAAUGAUCCCUCCCCUGGGACUCUGGGUUUGACUAAUUCAGGAGAGCCAUCUGAGAAGAGUGACAAUCUACAGGGUAGUGCCAUCAGUGAGGAGGCAUUUCUUACUUACUUUCAGAAAUUUGAGAUAUGGCCAAUGGUGAUUCGAGUUGAUUACAGUCCUUGCCGUGUCGACUUAACUGCGCUUAGGGGUGGCAAGUAUGUUGAACUUGUUAACCUUGUACCUUGGAAGGGUGUGGAACUACAACUCAAACAUGUGCAAGGAGUUGGUCUCUAUGGCUGGGGGAGUGUUUGUGAAACCAUAUUAGGAGAGUGGUUGGAGGACAUUUCUCAAAAUCAGAUUCACAAGCUGUUGAAAGGUCUUCCUCCCAUUAAGUCACUGGUUGCUGUUGGUUCUGGAGCUGCAAAGUUGGUGACUCUGCCUAUGAAGAGCUAUAAAAAGGAUCAUAGAUUACUCAAAGGAAUGCAAAGAGGUACUUUUGCAUUUCUUAAAAGCAUUUCGCUUGAAGCUAUUGGGCUAGGAGUACAUUUGGCUGCAGGAGCUCAUAACAUCCUCCUCCAAGCAGAAUAUAUUCUCUCUAGUAUUCCACCUUCUGUACCAUGGCCAGUAGAAAACAACGUGGGUGCUAAAGUGAAAUCAAAUCAGCCUAAUGAUGCUCAACAAGGGAUUCAACAGGCUUGCCAGAGCAUUAGUGAUGGCCUAGGCAAAUCGGCUUCUGCCUUGGUACAAACCCCCUUGAAAAGAUAUCAGCGUGGUGCUGGCAUUGGAUCUGCUUUGGCUACUGCUGUGCAGUCUGCUCCAGCUGCAGCUAUAGCCCCAGCUUCUGCUGCUGUGCAUGCAGUGCACUGUGCUCUUCUUGGCUUUAGGAACAGCCUUGACCCUGAGCGUAAGAGAGAGUCUCUGGAAAAAUACUUGGGUAGGACCGCGCCUUAGGAAUUCAUGCAGUAGGUGUGCACAAAAGCAAAAAAACUUAUGACAGCUAUUAUGGUUGAGACAAGCUCUAUAGAUUUCCCUUUGUGGCAGUUCUUCAAUACAUAAGCGAGUGAUGAAAAGGCGAUGCUAUUGACAUACCAGAGAAAUCAGAAACUUCGUAGCUACAGAGAAGAGCAUAUCGUUUCUAAUAUCUGAUUCCGUUUUCUUAGGUGUACAGAUAUAUAUAUAUAUUCCUGAUGUACAGAUAGGGAACACCAUUAGACGGACAUUUUUCCUUGUCAGAAGGAAGGGAGAUUCUGUACAUAAAUGUAAAUGUUUUAUGAUUAUAGGUUUUUAACACAUCAAUUCCAGCCUUGUAAUUAGGGUUCAUUGGUUUGGCAUAUUUAAGCCUUCUUCAAAUGUAAUUAUGAUUGCUAUUCGUUUUUGCUCUCAUACUAUUGUGAUGCAUAUUUUUGCUGUAAAUAUACCUACAUUGUAAUUAGUGAUCAUUGGUUGGAUUUA